AUGUGGGAUGUUUGGGGGUUGGGAAUGGUCAACAAUAGGGAUGCAAUACGUGUCCAUUGUCAACGUAUUGUGUUGAGUCUGUUCUCUAUUGUCACUAUUAUUGCACAAUUGUGCUUCCCUUCUGAACUGGCUCCGGCUACAACUCCAACGGGCAGUGCAGACUUCGGAGGAGUAGGUGGGCGCAAACAGCGCUUUAUUGAUUCCUCUCGGGCUCCUCAUGAUGAGGUGGUGAGCCAAAUUCUACGCACUUCUUCUGCUGCCUUGGCCGCUGCACAACGGUCUUCCUCUCCGAGAUCGUCUGCAAGUGAGUUUUUGACCAUUGUUUAA